AAAAACUGAGGAGGAAGAAAUAAGCCUUGGCCUCAAAACACUCGCGCCAUUCACAGACGUUACCGAUACUUUGAUGUAGUCCGUGAUUAUCCCAUAUGGCACUGUACUAUUAAUCGCUCAUGUAGCCUUUGCCGCACACUUUUAUCGUAGGCUAUAUUCAGUCUAUUCGGGAGGACAAAGGGGCACAGUGCAGUUCGUGUUUGUGGUUUAAUCGCAGCCAUGCAGUCAUCAAACAAAUCAUCAAACAUCAAUCCCCGCACCGCUGCUUCUCCUCACGGCCCCUCCACCAGCGCCUCGCCACGAUACGCCUUCAUAGAUUUCCUGGAUGUAGGCGGCACAAUGACCAUAUCCCAAGAAAUAGCAAAUUUAACAGAGGAUUCGGUUCAGGACCUGGCUGAGGAGAAUGUUCAGAUUGGAUUAAUUCAAGGCACAGUUGUUGGUCUGCGAUACUACACUGGAACGGUCAAUAGAGGAGAGAUGGUGUCCUUGGUGAGGGAGCCGCAGAAUCCCUAUGACCGAAACGCAGUGAUGGUGGCCAAUGUGUAUGGACGUCAGGUGGGGCACAUCAAGAAAGAGCUGGCAGCCCCGAUGGCCUACAUCAUGGACAACAAUUUGGCCAGGGUGGAAGGGGUUGUGCCCUAUGGACAGACAAAUAAAUUCUCAAUGGCCGUAAACCUCACCUUUUGGGGCAAAGAGGAGAACCGAGACGCUGUGCAUAAUCAGAUGAGACACCAUGGUUUUAAACUUGGCACUGAGUUCAAAGGGUACACAACACACACAUCUUUGAGUAGAAGUCUGCUUGGAUUGUCUUCAAAAAUGUCUGCCAUUCCUUUGACUGAAGAAGAGCUGAAGAAUGCCUUUGACAAGCUUUUUGAUGAUUUAAUGGAGGAUAAAACCAGAGAAAUGGAGCCAGCAGAGGCGGUGUACACUUCCCUGCUUCCACAUCAAAAGCAGGCGCUCUCGUGGAUGACCUCUCGUGAGAACAGCAACGAUCUGCCCCCAUUCUGGGAGGAGAAGAGUGGCCUCUACUUUAACGUUCUCACUAACUUUGCUGUAAAGGAGAGGCCAGAGAAAGUGCUUGGUGGGAUUUUGGCUGAUGACAUGGGGCUGGGCAAAACCCUCACCACCAUUGCCUUGAUAGUCUCAAAUUUCCACAAUGGGAAACCUCUGCCACUGGAACAAAGUGAAGGAUCAUCUUCCACUUGCAAAAUGAAAUCGACCACAAAAGACCAUGAAGAAUCUAAUGAAGCAGUGAGCUCGUCCCAUUUAAAAAGACUGCAUGCUGAUGGUGUCUGUGCUGACACCACUGAGGAAGAUGUACCUCUGAAGAAAGCAAAAACCACAAAGAAAACUGUUAAAAAGUCUGCCAACACCAAGAAAGGAGUGGUUUUGCUGGACGAUGUGGACUUUGCUGCUGCUCUGGAGUGCAGUUCCUCACAGGUUGGGCCUGCAAAAAAGAGUGCAAAGAAGGGUUCUGGCACUGGUAAAGUCUCAUCUGGAGGCAGUGUGGGCUCAGGGGCCAGAGCCACUUUGAUUGUGUGCCCUCUGUCUGUCCUUAGCAACUGGCUGGAUCAGUUUGAGCAACAUAUCCGAGCUGAUGUCACAUUAAAGGUGUACCUGUACUAUGGUGCAGAGCGCAAACGAUCUGUCAAACUUCUGUCUGAGCAAGAUGUUGUUCUCACAACAUACAAUGUGCUUUCAUCGGAUUUUGGGAACAAAGCCACCAGUCCUCUGCACAAAGUGCACUGGCUGAGAGUAGUGCUGGACGAGGGCCACGUCGUCAGAAACCCUAACGCUCUUCAGAGCAAAGCUGUACUGGAGCUGCAGUCAGAGCGCAGGUGGAUCCUGUCUGGAACCCCAAUUCAGAAUUCCCUGAAGGAUCUCUACAUGCUGCUGUCCUUCUUGAAGCUGAAGCCUUUCGAUGUGAAGGAGUGGUGGAGCAGAAUCAUUCAGAGACCUGUGAACAUGGGCGACAGAGUUGGACUCAAGAACUUGCAGGUGCUGGUAAAGGGCAUCACAUUGAGGCGCACUAAGAACAGUAAAGUGGCUGGGCGCAUGCUGGUGCAGUUACCUGAACGGAGAGUGUUUGUGCAGCAUGUGACUCUCUCUGAGGAAGAGAGGGAGGAGUAUGAACAGGUCAGGAAGGAGGGCAGGAAGAUCGUUGGCAGGUAUUUCGAAGAGGGAACCAUCAUGACAAACUACGCUGAUGUGCUGGCCAUCCUGGUUCGUCUGAGGCAGUACUGCUGUCACCCCGGUCUUGUGGGCAAAUACACAGGGGCAGAUGAUCCUGGUACCCCUAGUGAGCUGCGGGAGCGUCUCAUCAAUAAGAUCACACUGGUGCUGAACUCUGGCUCAGACGAGGAAUGCGCCAUCUGUCUUGACUCCCUUCGUCAGCCCGUCAUCACCUACUGCGCUCAUGUGUACUGCAGGCCCUGCAUCUGUGAGGUCAUCCAAUCAGAGAAGGAGCAUGCAAGAUGUCCCCUGUGUCGUGCUUCGAUCAAGACCAAAGAGCUGGUGGAGUAUCCUGGAGAAGAAGCGCAGGCUGGAGCAGCCACUGGGGAGAGCUGGCGAUCAAGUUCCAAAGUGGAUGCUUUGAUGAGCAACCUGUUGAGGCUCCGCAAUGAAGACCCCACUGUGAAGAGUCUUGUGGUUUCUCAGUUUACCAGGUUCAUGGAUCUUAUAGAGGUUCCCUUGAGGGAAUAUGGAUUCUCUUUCACACGACUGGAUGGCACUAUGGCUCAGAAGAACAGAGCAAAGGCCAUUCAGGAUUUUCAAGACUCCUCUCCAGGAAGUCCCACCAUCAUGUUAUUGUCACUCAAAGCUGGAGGGGUUGGGCUUAAUCUGACCGCAGCGUCCCGGGUCUUCAUGAUGGAUCCCGCCUGGAAUCCUGCAGCAGAGGAUCAGUGUGUUGACAGAUGUCAUAGACUGGGCCAGAGCAGAGAUGUGGUGAUCACUAAGUUUAUUGUGAAAGACUCCGUGGAGGAGAACAUGGUGAAGAUUCAGAAGAAGAAGCAGGAGCUUGUGGACAAAGCUUUCGGAGUGAAAAAGUCACAGGACCCCAAACAGACUCGGAUGGAGGAGAUCCGAGCACUCAUGGAGAUUUAGAUUUAAGCCAACUUUACUGCUGUCCGUUCGUUUCAGAUUUAUUGCUUUAUUAAAGAGAUCACUUUUUACUUUAUUGCAAA